UGACUGUCACACAAUCGAUCAUUGCGGAAGUGGAAGCGCGGGGUGAGGGGCAAAAGCGAAAAUGGCUUCUCCGAAAACUGUGCCAAAAGAUGCUCAGGUAAUGAUGCAAAUCCUGAAAGACAUGGGCAUCACGGAGUACGAACCGAGGGUGAUAAACCAGAUGUUGGAGUUUACCUACAGAUACGUGACAAACAUUAUUGAAGACGCAAAGAUAUAUGCCACUCACGCAAAGAAAUCCAACGUGGAUGCAGACGACAUACGGCUGGCGAUCCAAUGUCGAAUGGACCAGUCCUUCACUUCUCCACCCCCUCGAGACUUUCUCCUGGAAGUAGCAAGACAAAAGAACCAAACUCCUCUUCCCCUGAUCAAGCCCUACACAGGCCCUCGCCUGCCCCCAGAUCGCUACUGUCUGACGGCUCCCAACUACAGACUGAAGUCCAUACAGAAAAAGGUGUCUUCGUCCGGUGGAAGGAUAACUGUACCUCGUCUCAGCGUAGGAGCGAUGUCCAGCAGGCCGAGUACGCCCACGUUGGGAACUCCCUCGGUGCAGUCUGUCACCGCUAAAGUGGGCACGCCGGUGUCUCUGAGCGGACAGCGUUUCACCGUUCAGAUCCCCUCGUCUCAGACUGCCGUCUCCAAAUCUGCCACGCCAUCCACUCCGACAGUUCAGAACGUCCUCAUCAACCCUUCUCUGAUUGGCUCCAAAAACAUUAUCAUCACAACCAACAUGGUGUCACAGAACUCGGCCAGCGAAUCACUGAAGAGGAAGCACGAAGACGACGACGAUUACGACACAUUAUGACCUCACGUGUUAGUAGAUAACUCCGGUAAUAGAAAUCGACAGUGCCCUGUUGUAAAUAAAGUAGAUGAUAGUUUUGAAUUUAGACAGUUACGAACACCCCCACCAUCACGUUACGUCUUGUAAACUGUUGUAUCUCAUGCCUCUUUGCCACUAAUUUUGUAAAUUACAAUAAAAAAACUGACAUAUUUUA